UUCAGGGAUCACCCAAAAGCGGGCCAUGACACCUCUCAGUCUUCUCUCUGGUCCAUUGAAAUAAUGGAGCACACAAUUCCAUCUGACAUCCUUGACGAUCUCAGCAGUCGAUUCAUCAUUAAUGUCCCUGAGGAAGAGAGGAAGGACUUGGUGCGAAUAUGCUUUCAAAUUGAAUUGGCCCAUUGGUUUUACUUGGAUUUCUACUGCACGGAGGAGAAUCCUAAACUGAGAUCAUGUAAUAUGAAAGAAUUCGCCACUCAUAUAUUCCAGCACAUACCUUUUCUGAAGCCACAUGUGCAGCACAUUGAUGCUGUUCUCGAACAGUGGAGAGAGUAUAAGCAGAAUGUGCCAACAUUUGGAGCGAUUGUGUUAAAUGAGGACAUGACCAAGGUGCUGCUGGUGCAGAGCUACUGGGCAAAGAACAGCUGGAGUUUCCCUAAAGGAAAAGUAAACGAGGACGAGGAGCCUUUUCUUUGCGCUAUUCGAGAAGUGUUGGAGGAGACUGGUUUCGAUAUAUCUAAUCUGAUAGAUAAAAACGAAUAUAUUGAGUCCGUAAUAAAUGAUCAAGUAGUGAGACUGUAUAUCAUCUCGGGUGUGCAGAAGGAUACAAAGUUCCAGCCGAAAACGCGGAAGGAAAUAAAGAAUGUUGAAUGGUUUUCUGUGGUAGACUUGCCUAAUACAAAGAAAGAUAUGACUCCUAAGGUGAAAAUUGGCGUUGGUCCAAAUGCAUUUUUCAUGGUUGUACCAUUUGUAAAACGAAUGAAGCGGUGGAUUCAAGAGAAACAGCAACGUAUAAGAAACGCCACUAUGACUACCGUUCGAAGACAAAGGCAUAAAUCGUUGGGAGAAGUCGAGACAGUUUCGAAGAGCAAACGACAACAAACACUUUUCCAUCAUUUUUCUACUUGUCCAUCACAAAGUGAAGUUCCAGACUUUAAGAUUAGCCGUCAAUCAAACAUCUCUCCAGCUCGUAAUCGUCGCGGUAUAAGUGACAAUAAGAAGGACAUUCUGUCGAAAGCAGCUUUUAAACGCAAUCUAUUUGGAGAUCACGAAGAAAUUCAAUCGCAGGGUCUCGCUAGACACUUGAUAGACAGUCCCGCUCAAUCGUGCUCAUUUUUAAUUGAUCCUGCGAUCCAGUCGAUCAAGUACGAUUUAAAUCACAAAGCGCAAUCUUGGGAAGAAGUAAAAGAUUGUCGCAAGAAAAGCCUACCAGAAGGAAAUAUCAAGGCGUUAUUAUUUGGAGAAGCCGCACGCAAAUUGCAAAAAGAUUUUACAAUCAUCUCGCCGCUUUCUUUUGUAAAUCUGGAACACGAUGGUUCACCGUUUUUAACGAAGAAUUAUAUAGAUUAUCAAGAUGCUUUUGCUGCUGAUUUUCCCCUAGAGAGUUGGACGAACUUUAAAUUUGAUAGACAAGAAAUAAUGAAUACUCUGGAAUCGCUAUGUAUAUAAUAAUUCACGGAAAAAUGGAUUAUCAAAGUAGAAGUGUAGAUAUUAAUCUAGGAGAGCAGGAACUUUCUAUUUCUGCAGAUUAUGAGAAGUUAUUGCACGUUUAAAACGUGUCGUUAUUUCUAAUUAUCAUUCAAUAUACUCAGUUACUUCUAAUAUCGAUUUAAAUUUGAAUUAGUUUCAAUUUUUGAUCUCUAUUGUAUAUACUUUCAUUACUUUAUAUACAUACUGUAUAUAUAUUAUCUGAUCAUAAGCCUCUAUCCUGCAAGGCUGUAAGAUGAUGACAAAUACAAAUUCAUGCACUUUGAA